AUGGAAGGUAUCACGGCCAGCGUCUGCAAGGGUGUGAAAGAGUAUUGGAGGAGGAAAGGGUACCGGAGAUUAAACAGGUCGGGUCAGAGGAGGAGGAGCUGGGUGGAGCUGGGAAGCACGCCAACCGGGAAGGUUCGGUUCUGGCGGUGGAGGAUCAGACUUGCUCCCAAGAUCCGAAUCAGAAAAAUCCCCUCUCCCAAGAACGUUCUGCUUUGGGUGAGAGAUGCGUACGUGCGGAUGAUGCUGGGCUUCGCCAACUCGCGUGUAAUGACCGCCAGCGCCUCAGCUUCGGGCUUCGGUGGGCCCCUAGCGGCUGUCGACACCUCCUUCGCUGGCUUCGGCCGGGCCCAAAAGGAGUACGACGACAAAACCAUCAUCCAGAUCUACAAGUCCAUCCUCAUGGCGCAUGGCUCGUUAGUGCCUCGUGACGCCACCGCAUAA